GGGCCCUGAGCGCGGGGUCCUAUUUCUUUGGCUCAGGCGUCUUGGCCCUCCUGUGACCUGCUGUGCCACCCUGGUGCAGGUUGCUUCCUCUGGUGUGGGCAUUCAGACUGACCAGCGAUGCACUUGCAAACGAGUCUGACCCUGAGCUGGCGUCCCUGGCCGUUUGGGUAGCACUUGUUAGUGGGAACUGUCCACGUUCACUUGGAAACGGUUCAGCCUUCCGUUAACAGAAUGUGAGGCAGGCCGAGUCGGGUGGCAUCCAGGCCGUUUUAAGGUGGGCACCCGUGCCCAUGGUCAGAGCUGAGCAGUAGUGCCCGGUGAGCACAGGCCCGGGUGAUCGACAUCUAAAAGGAGCAGGAGCUGGGUGGAUGUGUGGGUGGUGGGUCACUGCUCAGUGUGCUUCUCUGGGAGACCCUCGGCCCCCACUGUGAGCCGUCCUGAGUUGCAGUUGACAUCUGAUGACUGUGCUGCCAGCCAUCUGGUCCUGCCUCAGGUGACACCUGCAGGCUUGGAGCCAGGGGCACUGUCUCUGAGGGCACUCCCUGUGUCUCCUUCCUGCAGACACUUUCCAGGGUGAGUGUGCUGGGAACCAGGAAGGGGGAGCAUGUGCCUGCCUCAGCUUCCCUCUUCUGAGUUGUAGACGCCCAUCCCACUCUUGCCCACAAGUCUCAUCCCCAGGGAGGGUCUCACCCUUCUGGGCUUGGCAGCUUUCACUGUGUACAGCGGAAGACCCCAGGAGGGGACAAGAUGAUAGAGGGAUCUACCCCAGAUAACGCAGCUGCGUCUUAUGCACCUCAUUUCGAUUGACAAGAACCAAUGAAGGAAGCGUGGGACAUUAGUCCUGUAGAGUUAACAGUCUUGUAAACCUCACAGGGCAGUUCUGUCCUGUCUACAGGGCCUCUGAGUUGGCAUCAACUCGAUGGCCAUGACUGUGUGUAUGUGUUGGCCUAGCAAUUGUGAUGGUGUACUUCUCUCUGGGGUUGGGUGUACCGUGGGGUCAGGAGAGGCAGCCUGGACUGUGCCACCACUCAUGCAGGGAUGCUUCUCCCCGGGUUUCAGUGUCGCCGCCUGUAACAGGAGAACCCCAACACCUCCCUCGGGUGCCACUGAUGACAUCGAGGUGAUGUCUGGGAGGCCUUGGCACCGGCUGGCACUUUGUACCAGAGCUUGUAGCUGUGACUGUCUUCAGUUCCUGUCACUCUGGCCUUUGGACUCCCCAAGGGGAAGGGCUUGUUCUCACAGUCACCGCUCAAGCCCCCACCUGGCAUGGGGCCAAUAAAUAGCCGUUUGAAGUGCUGGGGGGAAUCAGCAGCGAGCGUACAACUCAACCCCACCCCACAUCUGGAGCCAGUGGGGCAUGAGGAAGUCACCCUGGACCACGGGAGAGCAACUUCCCAAGCAGAGGAUGCUGGGACUCUUCGCAGGGAGUAGCCAUGCGGACACAUGUGCCAGCAGAUGGAGCAUGCGGGCCUAGAAGGGGCCCUUGAAUAUGACCCCAGCAAAGCAACGCUUGUGAAGGUGGUGCCCACCCCCAACAAUGGCUCCACUGAGCUUGUGGCUCUGCGCCGGGAUGAGGAUGAAGAAGGGCGAGAGGUGCUGUCCUUCGAGUUCCAGAAAAUCACGUAUUCCUACGACGGCCUGGAAAAGAAGCAGUUCCUCCCAGUGGCCUUUCCCGUGGGGCACACCUUCGCCUACUACCAGGGCAGCAGGGGCUUCCAGGAGGAGGCAGAGAUCCGGGCAGCCGAGAAGAAGUACGGCAGCAACGAGGCUGAGAUGGUGGUGCCCGACUUCUCGGAGCUCUUCAAGGAGAGGGCCACGGCCCCUUUCUUCGUGUUCCAGGUGCUUUGCGUGGGGCUCUGGUGUCUGGAUGAGUACUGGUACUACAGCGUCUUCACCCUGUCCAUGCUGAUGGCGUUCGAGGCCUCGCUGGUGCAGCAGCAAAUCCGGAACAUGUCCGAGAUCCGAAAGAUGGGCAACAAGCCCCACAUGAUCCAGGUCUAUCGGAGCCGCAAGUGGAGGCCUGUUGCCAGCGACAAGGUGGUUCCUGGGGACAUCGUCUCUAUUGGCCGCUCCCCCCAGGAGAACCUGGUGCCCUGUGACGUGCUGCUGCUUCGAGGUCGCUGCAUCGUGGACGAGGCCAUGCUCACCGGGGAGUCGGUGCCACAGAUGAAGGAGCCCAUCGAAGAACUGGACCCCCAACGGGUGCUGGACCUCCAGGCUGACUCCCGGCUGCACAUCAUCUUUGGAGGCACCAAGGUGGUGCAGCAUAUACCCCCUCAGAAGGCCACCACGGGCCUAAAGCCUGUUGACAAUGGGUGCGUUGCUUUCGUCCUGAGGACUGGAUUCAACACAUCCCAGGGCAGACUGCUGCGGACCAUCCUCUUUGGGGUCAAGAGAGUGACUGCUAACAACCUGGAGACCUUCAUCUUCAUCCUCUUCCUUCUGGUCUUUGCCAUUGCGGCAGCCGCCUAUGUGUGGAUUGAAGGGACCAAGGACCCCAGCCGGAACCGCUACAAGCUCUUCCUGGAGUGCACCCUGAUCCUCACCUCCGUCGUGCCCCCGGAACUGCCCAUCGAGCUGUCCCUCGCUGUCAACACCUCCCUCAUCGCUCUGGCCAAGCUCUACAUGUACUGCACGGAGCCCUUCCGGAUCCCCUUCGCUGGCAAGGUCGAGGUGUGCUGCUUUGACAAGACAGGCACCCUAACCAGCGACAGCCUGGUGGUGCGAGGCGUGGCAGGCCUCCGAGACGGGAAGGAGGUGACCCCCGUGUCCAAUAUCCCCGUAGAAACGCACCGGGCCCUGGCCUCAUGCCACUCCCUCGUGCAGCUUGACGACGGGACGCUUGUUGGCGACCCCCUGGAAAAAGCCAUGCUGACGGCUGUGGACUGGACCCUGACCAAGGAUGAGAAAGUAUUUCCCCGAAGUAUAAAAACUCAGGGGCUGAAAAUUCACCAGCGCUUUCAUUUUGCCAGUGCCCUAAAGCGAAUGUCUGUGCUCGCCUCCUACGAGAAGCUCGGCUCCACCGACCUCUGCUACAUUGCAGCCGUGAAGGGGGCCCCCGAAACCCUGCAUUCCAUGUUUUCCCAGUGUCCAGCCGACUACCACCACAUCCACACCGAGAUCUCCCGGGAAGGCGCCCGUGUGCUGGCACUGGGGUACAAGGAGCUGGGGCACCUCACCCACCAGCAGGCCCGAGAGGUCAAGCGGGAGGCGCUGGAGUGCGACCUGAGGUUCGUCGGCUUCAUCGUGGUGUCCUGCCCGCUCAAGGCCGACUCCAGGGCCGUGAUCCGUGAGAUCCAGAAUGCUUCUCACCACGUGGUCAUGAUCACAGGCGACAACCCUCUCACCGCGUGCCACGUGGCACAAGAGCUUCAUUUCAUUGACAAGGCGCACACGCUGAUCCUGCAACCUCCCACAGAGAGGGGUCAGCCAUGCCAGUGGCAUUCCAUCGAUGGCAGCAUCAUGCUGCCACUGGCCAAAGGCUCCCCGAGGCUGCUGGCCCAGGAGCACGCGCUGUGCCUCACGGGGGACAGCCUGGCCCACCUGCAGACAGCAGACCCCCAGCAGCUGCUGUGUCUCAUCCCCCACGUGCAGGUGUUCGCCCGAGUGGCCCCCAAGCAGAAGGAGUUCGUUGUCACCAGCCUGAAGGAGUUGGGCUACGUGACCCUCAUGUGUGGGGACGGCACUAACGAUGUGGGUGCCCUGAAACAUGCCGAUGUGGGUGUGGCGCUCCUGGCCAACGCCCCUGAGCGGGUGGUCGAGCGGCGGCGGCGGCCCCCCCGGGAUGGUCCCAAUAUGAGUAGUGGUGUCCGGGGCUCUUCACGGGGGGCCAGGCAGAGGUUGGGGCUCCCACCCCCAGAGGACCAGUCCGCCUCUCAGCGGGAUCGCCUGAGCCAGGUGUUGCGGGACAUUGAGGACGAGAGCAUGCCCAUCGUGAAGCUGGGGGAUGCCAGCAUCGCCGCUCCGUUCACCUCCAAGCUCUCGUCCAUCCAGUGCAUCUGCCACGUGAUCAAGCAGGGUCGCUGCACUCUGGUGACAACCUUGCAGAUGUUCAAGAUCCUGGCGCUCAACGCCCUCAUCCUGGCCUACAGCCAGAGCGUCCUCUAUCUGGAGGGUGUCAAGUUCAGCGACUUCCAGGCCACACUGCAGGGCCUGCUGCUGGCCGGCUGCUUCCUCUUCAUCUCCCGCUCCAAGCCCCUGAAGACCCUGUCCCGUGAGCGGCCGCUGCCCAACAUCUUCAACCUGUACACGGUGCUCACAGUGAUGCUGCAGUUCCUCGUGCACUUCCUGAGCCUCGUCUACCUGUAUAGCCAGGCCCAGGCCCGGAGCCCCCCAAAGCAGGAGCAGUUUGUGGACCUGUACAAGGAAUUCGAGCCCAGCCUGGUCAACAGCACCGUGUACAUCAUGGCCAUGGCCAUGCAGACUGCCACCUUUGCCAUCAACUACAGGGGCCCCCCCUUCAUGGAGAGCCUGCCUGAGAACAAGCCCCUGGUGUGGAGCCUGGCCGCGUCCAUCCUGGCCAUUGCCGGCCUGCUGCUCGGCUCCUCCCCUGACCUCAACAGCCAGUUUGGCCUGGUGGAUAUCCCUGUGGAGUUCAAGCUGGUCAUCGCCCUGGUCCUGUUCCUGGACUUCUGCCUGGCGUUCCUGGUGGACUCCAUCCUGCAAUUCUUCCUGGGGGCCCCAAAGCUGAAAGUGCCUUCCUGAGAUGGCGGUGCCAGCACCACUGCCCACCAACCCUGCCUGGGGGAGGGAGCCUCCAAGGGAGCCCAGCCCCGUGGAUUGGCCAGCCACCUCGCCCACCAUGCCAAGCUGGGCCCUGAUCAAGCGCCCAUCAGUGGUCCGUCCAGCAGAACCAGCCCCAGGCCAGCACCUUCAGUCAAUAAAGCAGCAUUGUGAUUUUAAGAAA